CACACACACACACACACACACACACACUCACACUCACACCCACUCCCUCCUCCAGCCCCACCGCCCCCGCCAUGGCCGCGUCCACCCUGUCCGUCUGCUCCAGCGACCUGAGCUAUGGCAGCCGCGUCUGCCUGCCCGGGGCCUCGGACUCCUGCCCCGACUCCUCCUGGCAGGUGGACGACUGCCCAGAGAGCUGCUGCGAGCCCCCGUGCUGCGCCCCCGCCCCCUGCCUGACCCUCCUGUGCGGCCCCUCCUCCCCCUGCCAGGGAGACUGCUGCACUCAUGAAUGCUGCAAGCCCGUCUGCUGCACCCCUGUGUGCUGCAAGCCCGUCUGCUGCACUCCUGUCUGCUGCGAGGACUCCCCCUGCUCAGCCCCCUCCUGCUGCCAGCCCAGCCCCUGCUGCAGACCCUCCUCCUGCGUGUCCCUGCUCUGCCGUCCCGUGUGCAGGCCCACCUGCUGCACCCCUGUCUGUUGCAAGCUCUUUUCCUGCACCCCUGUGUGCUGCGAGGACUCUCCCUGCACAACCUCUUCAUGUUGCCAGCCGUCCUGCUGCACCUCCUCCCCCUGCCAGGAAGACUGCUGCAAGCCCGUCUGCUGCACCCCUGUCUGCUGCAAGCCCGUCUGCUGCACCCCUGUGUGCUGUAAGCCCGUCUGCUGCACCCCUGUCUGCUGCAAGCCUGUGUGCUGCACCCCUGUCUGCUGCGAGGACUCCCCCUGCACAACCUCUUCAUGCUGCCAGCCCAGCCCCUGCUGUAGACCCUCCUCCUGCGUGUCCCUGCUCUGCUGCCCUGUGUGCAGGCCCUCCUGCUGCGCCCCUGCCUCCUCCUGCAGGUCCAGCUGCUGCCGCCCUGCCUCCUGCGUGUCCCUGCUCUGCCGCCCCGUGUGCCCCCGCCCUGCCUGCUGUGGCCCUGCCUCGGGCCAGUCCUGCUGCUGAGCCUUCCUAGACAUCACCCAGGGUCCUCUCCGGGCAGGACGCUGACCUCAAGCCAGCUGUGCCCCCUGUGGCUGGCACAAGCGCCAGGGGAAGGAGCGCCCUCCUCCCGGCCUGGCCGCUUAUUCAGGGACCUGGGAUGCUCACCACAUCUGCCCUGACCCCAGCUGCACAAAGGCACCCAGCGGCACCAGCCCCAUGAGCUCUGGGGUGUUCCUUGUCCCCCAGCAGACCUGGCCCCACCCCAGCAGUGACAUCACCUCUGAGUCCUAAUAAAGCCGUCUCUGACUC